AUUAAUUCGGUGAAGCAAUGUAUAUAAAUAGAGCAAGAUCAAUGAUCAAGUAAAACAUAACAAAAAACAAUGGAGAAUAGUAGUAAUAACAAGUACUACGAGAUUAAGCUUGAAAAAUUAAACACAAUACUCAUAAAACCAUCAAAACCCACACCAUCGCAUCUUCAAAAUUUCAAACUCUCAUUACUAGAUCAACUUUCUCCUAAUAUUCAUGGCAACACCACUUUCUUCUACCCAAAUCACAACAACAAUAACAAUAACCACAACCAUUUUUCUGAUUUUAUUAAUAAAUCAAAAAUUCUUCAAAACUCACUUUCUCAAACAUUAUCCCAUUUUUACCCUCUCGCCGGCCGUCUACAUGAUGCCACCACCAUUCACUGUAACGACGACGGUGUUUUCUUCAUCGAAUCACAAACAACCACCACUCUCUCCGAAAUUCUCACCGAUCCUAAUUUCAAUACACUAGAAUGCUUCCUCCCAACCACUGAGGAGAAACGAAACAUGUUGUUAUUACUCCGAUUCACGUUAUUCAGUUGCGGUUCCACUGCAAUUACCAUAUCCCUCACACACAAGAUCGUUGACUUUAAUACACUCAUAAUUUUUCUCAACACUUGGACCACGAUCACCACUGGAAAUGAAAUUCCACUCCCUGAUUUAACUGUAGCCGCCGCUCUUUUUCCUCCGAGAGAAAUUCCCGGUAUGUCUGGUUCCGUUAAAACUUCCGAUGCAAAAUUCACUACUAGAAGAUUCAUUUUCGAAGCAUCCAAAAUAGAAGAACUAAAGACAAAUAUCAAAAACAAAAUCGAAUUUGAAUUUGAAUUUCAUCCUUCUAGGGUAGAGGUUGUUUUAGCUCUGAUUUGGAAAUGUGCUCUUUCGGCAUCAAUAGCAGUUUCUGGUUCCAAAACGACGUCGUUUAAGCGUUCGAUUUUGUUCCAAGCAGUGAACCUCCGUACACGGAUGGAACCCACCGUACCAGAAACUGCAGUUGGAAAUGUGGUUUGGCCGUUUUGGGUGACGGUUGAAGAAGAAAGCCACGUGGCAAUAGAUGAGAUGGUGAAAAGAAUGAGGAAGGGUAUAAUGGACUUUAUAGAGAAUAAAGCAGAGAGGUUUAAAGAGGAAGGUGGGUUUAAAGUUGUGAUGGAGAGUUUGAAAGAGAGAGUAGAGAUUUUGAAGGGAAAUGAGAAUGAGGGUAGUUUGGUAAUUUACAAAUGUUCAAGUUGGUGUAAAUUUCCAUUGCUUGAAUUUGAUUUCGGUUGGGGAAAACCUGUGUGGAGUUGUAGUGUGAAUAAUUUGGUGAGUAAUACAAUUGCUUUGAUGGAUACAAAAGAUGGUGGUGGAGUUGAAGCUUUUGUUACUCUUGAUGAAGAUGAGAUGAAAUUGUUUGAACAAAAUCAGGAGCUGCUACACUAUGCUUUGCUUAAUCCUACAAUUCUUAUUUGAACUUCCAACUUCGUCUCAUGCUGCCAUAAUAUUUAGAUACAUAUGUAGAAUCAUUAUUAUAGAUAGGUAUGUCUACUUUAUGCACAUUAGAGGCCGAUCGUGCAUAGCAAUAUUAUGUCUCUGAGGUCAUAGGAGAAUUGGUUUUGCUAUUAAAAAAUAAUUAAUGGUCCAACUUAU